AUGGAGAAGUCACAUGAUUUCCAUCAUCCAUACACGCCUUAUGCUAUUCAGGAGACAUUCAUGGAGACGGUCUAUCAAGUACUGGAAGAGGGCAAAGUGGGGAUUUUGGAGAGUCCAACUGGAACUGGCAAAUCUCUAAGUCUCAUAUGCGGAGCUCUCACUUGGCUUCGUGACCUUAAGGGAAAAGCUUUCGAAGAAGGCUUAAACUGGGGUCAAAAUGAUAGCAACGAACCAGAAUGGAUCAUCGAGCAAGCCAGAGCCCGGAAGAGGCGAGAAAUACUUCGCCAGCGCGAAGAUAUGGAAACCAGAUUAGCAAAGAUCCGGGCCAAGGAGAAAGCUCAACGGGAAAGGUAUCUGAAAGGUGACCAAGCGUUCAAGAGACGAAAAACAGAGGCGGAAAAGGGAGGCGAUGAUGAUGAAGAACAGUUCGUUCUAGAAGAUUAUGAUAGUGACCGAGAGCAAAGCAGUGUCCAGAAGGGAGUGGCUUCUACUGGUUUUUCCGCGGCCACAUUAGAAUUGAUGAACAAACUCGGACUGGGGUUCACUAAUACCGCCGAGGAAGAAGAUGAGGUUGAAGAUGAGAUCAAAAUCUUCUACUGUUCUCGAACUCAUUCUCAACUCACUCAAUUCAUCAACGAACUCCGGCGACCGAAAUUCCCACCGGCUAUUUGGGAUGAGUCUACUAAAGACACCGACAUCGAAGACUUAAAGCAUCUCACUCUUGGAUCACGCAAGAACCUCUGCAUCAACCCUUCCGUCAACAAACUCAACUCACUGACAGCAAUCAAUGAACGAUGCUCGGAGCUUCAGCAGUCAAGUACCGCUAAAGAACAUAAAUGUGCAUUUCUUCCCAACAAAGAGAAUCAGCCUCUCGUCAACACUUUCCGAGAUCAUGCUCUCGCUAGUAUCCGCGAUAUCGAGGAUAUGGGUGCUCUCGGGAAAGAGAUUGGUAUCUGUCCAUAUUACGCUUCAAGAGCGGCCAUCAAGCCAGCUGAGAUUGUGACCCUACCUUAUCCAUUACUCUUACAGAAGAGUGCAAGAGAGGCCCUUGGUAUCAGCUUAAAGGGUCAUGUGGUAAUCAUUGACGAAGCGCAUAACUUGAUGGAUGCUAUCUCAGGCAUUCAUGGUGUUGAAGUCAGCCUGAAGCAACUGAAGCGAGCAAGAACACAGCUGGGCGUGUAUCUGCAAAAAUUUCGAAACCGGUUAAAGGGCAAGAAUCGAGUUUAUAUUGCUCAGGCGGUACGAGUGAUUGAUUCUCUUGUUGGAUAUCUGGAGGGAAGGGUGGCACAGCCAAAAGCAGAUGGCACAGUCUCCGAAAAAGAGCUCCUAGCUGGGAAUGGUGUCGAUCAAAUCAACCUCUUCAAACUAAUCCGCUACCUCUCAGAAAGCAAACUCGCCCGAAAAGUAGAAAGCUACGCGAUCUACACCGAGACCGAAGCAACCAGAACCCAACCAUCUUCCGCACCCAAGAACUCCCAAACGACCAGCACACCCGUCCUCCACCAAAUCUCGUCCCUCCUUUCAGCUCUCACUAACCCCAGUAAAGAGGGCCGCCUCUUCUUCACCAAACUCCCACCCAGCAACAUCUCCCUCUCCUACCUACUUCUCGACCCCUCCACCUCCUUCUCCGAGAUCGUCUCCGAAUGCCGCUCCGUCAUCCUAGCGGGCGGAACAAUGUCCCCUUUCGCACCCUACUACACCACACUCUUCCCCUCUCUCCCACCCUCACAAAUCACCACAUUAUCAUGCGGCCACGUGAUCCCUUCAUCGAACCUCCUUGCUUGGACCCUAUCUCGCGGUCCUUCAGGAAAAGAAUAUAACUUCACGUUCAGCAAUCGAGGAGAUAAUGAGAUGAUCGACGAGCUUGGUCGUGCUCUAUUGAACAUAUGUACCGUUGUUCCCGACGGCCUCGUGGUCUUCUUCCCCUCUUACGCCUACCUCUCAACCAUUCUCUCACGGUGGGGAAUUUCUCCGAGCCCUACUCAACCAUCAAUCUUAAGCAGACUAGAAGGCAAGAAAUCACUCUUCAAAGAAAGCAAAGAAGCUAGCUCUGAGAGCGUUCUGCAAGAAUAUGCUCAAGCCAUCGAUUCUGGAAAAGGCGGGUUAUUGUUGUCUGUAGUAGGAGGCAAAAUGUCCGAAGGAAUCAACUUUUCCGAUGCCCUCGGCCGCUGCGUCCUCAUCAUUGGAUUGCCAUAUCCAAACAUCGCUUCCGCAUCUAUCCAAGCGAAGAUGGAGUAUAUCGAAACAUCUACGAGAGUGAGGUUGCAGGGGGAGGGGGUGGAGAGGGGUGAGGUGGAGAAGAGGGCGAAGGAAGCGGGGAGGGACUUCUAUGAGAAUAGUUGUAUGAGGGCUGUUAACCAGAGUAUUGGACGGGCUAUUAGGCAUAAGGGGGAUUAUGCGGCUAUUGUUAUGGUUGAUGUGAGGUUCAGUGGGGCGAGAGUGAAGGGGAAGUUACCGGGAUGGAUUCAGCAGGGUCUUGUGGAGGGGAGUGGGGAGAAGAAAUUUGGCGAGUUGAUGGGAAGCUUAGGGGGUUUCUUUAGGGGGAAGAAGGGUGGUUGA